GUUCGUACCUUUGCUUUGAUUUACUCCAGGCAUGUACCCAGCAGGGAGGUGGAGCGGGGCGCCGGGCAGUGCCGCGUGCUUGGCGGAGAAGCAGGAAAAGCAGACUCUUACCGUAACCGCUCACUGACCGUUCGCUGACCGCUCGCUCGGGGGACAGGAUGAGCACGAGGAGCACCGCGCUGCUCCGGAGCCCUUCGAGCCACUAGGACGAGCAGCGGAGUCCAGCCCGUGGUAAUACGCGGUACGAGGGCGAGAUUGCCUCGGUCACACGCCAUGUCUUCCCUGACACUCUUCUUCUGCCUUGGGAGCCUGGUUUCAUGGGGCUCCAGCUUGGAAUUCCGCUAUUACAACACAGUUGAACUGGAAGACUAUCUGAAAGCAGUCAACAGAAAUUAUUCCUCGAUUACACAUCUGUACAGUAUUGGAAAAUCAGUGGAAGGAAGAGAUCUCUGGGUGCUCAUCCUUGGUAAAUAUCCGACAAAGCACAAGAUUGGAAUUCCAGAGUUCAAAUAUGUUGGAAAUAUGCAUGGCAAUGAGGUGGUGGGCCGGGUGCUGCUUCUUCAGCUCAUUGAACACCUAACCCAAGGCUACCUAAGCGACCCGGUAGUCACUUGCCUCCUCAACACUACACGCAUCCACAUCCUGCCUUCCAUGAACCCUGACGGCUUUGAGGCGUCCACCCGUAACUGCCUGUACUCCCAGGGAAGGUUCAACAAGCAUGGUGUGGACCUGAACCGCAACUUCCCUGAUGUAUUCACACAAAAUGACAUGGAGCGUGAGCUGGAGGUUCAAGCCGUGAUGGACUGGCUGAAAUCUGAGCCUUUUGUCCUUUCAGCCAACCUGCAUGGGGGUGCCGUGGUCGCCAGCUACCCGUAUGACAACAGCAAUGGGGGAGAAGAGCUGCAGAGAGGCUCCAGCAUUGCCCCUGACAAUGACGUCUUCAUUCAUCUGGCCAAGACGUACUCCUUCAACCACAAGCGUAUGCGUAACGGCAACAACUGUUAUGACUCGCAAAUCUUCAAGGAUGGCAUCACCAACGGUUAUUCCUGGUACCCUCUCCCAGGAGGGAUGCAGGACUACAACUACGUCUGGGGUCAGUGUUUGGAGAUCACCUUGGAGCUGUCCUGUUGUAAAUAUCCCCCGGAGAAAGACCUACCUGGACUCUGGGAUGACAAUAAAGAUGCACUGCUUGCAUACAUACAGUUGGUCCACCUGGGGGUGAAAGGACAAGUUCUCAAUUCAAAUGGAACCCCAGUGGAGAACGCUCUUGUUGAAGUAAAGGACAAAAACAACCUCUGCCCCUUCAAGACAAACCGCAAUGGGGAAUACUACAGACUGCUCCUGCCUGGAAAUUACACUCUCAAGGUGACAAUCCCUGGGCAGAAGGAGGCAAUGACGGAGACCCUGUCUAUUCCUUAUGGGCCGGACAAGUACUCCGCCCUGACACACAACUUUGUUUUCAAGAGGAACACUUACAGCAGCCCGGACGUAACGCCAUCCGCAGAGAUCUGUACCUCCAAACUGAAGAUCCAGGACUCGAGCCACAGCCCUGCCCUGGCACCCAGUCACCUCACAGUUCUCCUGUUGAUGGCGCUGUGCCCAUUCUUGCUGUGAGACACAUGUGGCCGGCUGCUUCAUAUCUGUGUAACAUUUGCAUUGCUCCCAGUGCAACAAUCGUACAAGCCAUUGUGUGGCACUUUGACACGGAAUUUUGGACUUACAGUUUACAUGGUUUUCUUUUGAAAUGCUGUCAGAUUCUAAUCAGAGGCAGGGGAACCAAACUGCAUUUUAAAAAGACAAGAAUUCAGGGCUUCCUCAGUGGGAAACAUGCUUAAGUUGCAAGUGUCCAAGUGGAGAGUGACAUUGCUCGUGAUGAAUGUGGUGUGGACAUACAUGUUUCAACAAUAUUCAGAAUAACCAGGCCUUUCAGAUUUAUUCAUUUAUCUAUAACUUCUCUAGAGCAACUUAAAGUGGUAAAUUAUCUACAAUUAUUUACCCAUUUAUACAGCUGGGUUGUUUUUCCUCAGCAUUUUAAGGCAAGUACCUUGCUCAAAGGUUCUACGGCUAGAGGUGGGAUUUGAACCGGAAACCUGGGGGUCUAGGGGGAGCAGUUAUAACUGCUAGGGUACCAGUUGUUCUUGAGAUGCUCCAUCAACCUGGUAACUGUUUUGGUGACACACAACCUGCAGUGUAGGAAUUCGUGUGUGGAGCCAGGAACCAUGAUACACAUCGCUCUAUUAAACACUCAGUUCUCAGCAAUGUAUGCAGUGCAGAAUGUGUCACAAUAACCCAUGUAACUAUGGGAGAUAUUCACCCUUUGUAUUGCUAGACAAAAUAUAACCGCAAUACUAAUUAAAUAGAAAAAACUGAAAAUCUACAUGUACAUUUCUAAGAUACUAUGCAGAAUAUUAAUCGAGGUAAAUAAUUGUCUUUGUAAAUUCUGAUUAACAUAUGCAACUUAACUGGACAAAAAGGUAAAUCUCCAUUUAUUGGUUGGUCUUUAAUGAAAGUAUUAUUCCAGUCCUUAAUUUCAUUUCCAUCGGAGCCCCAGUCUUGCACGUUUUAGAGAUUACAUUUUUUGUUAGCACCUACAGCGCUGUGAAGAAGUAUUUGCCCCCACCCUGCUUUUUUUUUUUUUUUUUUGCAUAUUUGUCACAGUUAAAUGAUUGAGAUCAAACAAAAUUUUAUUACUACACAAAGAACCUGAGUAGAUACAAAAUGCAGUUUUUAAAUGAUGAUUUCAUUUAUUAAGGGAAAAAACAGCUGUCCAACCCUACCUGGCCAUAUGUGAAAAAGUAAUUGCCCCCUAAACCUAAUAACUGGUUGUGUCACCCUUGGUGGCAACAACUGCCAGUUAUCGCAAACGCUUGAUUGCAAUCAGUCUUUCACAUCGCUCUGGAGGAAU